AUGACUGUUGAAUAUACUAAUUCCGAUUUGGCAACCUAUCAAGAUGAGGUAAACGAACAAAUUACCAAAAAUAAAGCACAUCUUAGUUCUUUGACUCAUCCCGGUUCCAAAGUAACAUUCCUCAUCGAUGAAGUUAUUUCUGCCACACCACCCGACCCGAACUUGAAAGUUUUCUUCUUUGAUAUCGAUAAUUGCCUUUAUAAAUCAUCCACAAAAAUCCAUGAUCUCAUGCAAAAAUCUAUAUUGAGAUUCUUUCAAACGCACUUGAAACUGUCACCUGAGGAUGCUCACGUAUUGAACAAUACGUACUAUAAACAAUACGGACUUGCUAUAAGGGGGCUUGUAAUGUUCCACAAAGUGAACGCGCUGGAAUAUAACCAGCUUGUUGAUGAUUCUUUACCCUUACAAGAUAUCUUGAAGCCUGACAUACCAUUAAGGAAUAUGCUAUUGAGGUUGAGACAAUCAGGGAAGAUGGACAAAUUGUGGCUUUUCACCAACGCUUAUAAGAACCAUGCCAUCCGUUGCGUGAGAUUAUUAGGUAUAGCAGAUCUCUUUGAUGGAUUAACAUAUUGUGACUACUCUAGAACAGAUACGCUAGUUUGCAAGCCACAUACAAAAGCAUUUGAAAAAGCAAUGAAAGAAAGCGGGUUGACAAGUUACGAUAAUGCUUACUUUAUAGACGACAGUGGAAAAAACAUCGAGACGGGUAUCAAACUGGGAAUGAGAAAAUGUAUACAUUUAGUAGAGAAUGAAGUUAAUGAAGUCUUGGGCCAGACACCAGAAGGCGCCCUAGUCAUUAAAAAUAUAUUGGAUCUACCACACGUCGUUCCCGACCUAUUUUAG